AUGGAGAUGACGUCAUGCUGCAGCACCCGGGAGGAACGGCGCAGCCGCAGACGGAGGCGAAAGGAGGGGGGGCGAGACGGAGCUUACGACGCAGCCACAAGUCCUCCGCCAUUCAGCCGAGACAGCCGACUCCAGCGGGCGGCCCAGGAAAAAAAAGCAGAACCGAAACCAGAAGCCCCCCCCCCCCCGUCUUCAGCCUCCAAAACCGCAGAGACAAACAUGCGCGAGAUUGUGCACCUGCAGGCCGGCCAGUGCGGCAACCAGAUUGGAGCAAAGGUCACCGUGGCGGAAUGCAGGGUGUGUUGUGUAAGGGGAGGGGAUGAUGGCAGCAGCAUCCCUCACGACGGGGCGGUGGCGAGCCGAGACAUCCCCGCCGGCUGCAGCCGGCUCCAUGUCCCUCCAGACGGGAGAGAAAAAAGAAAGAAAAAAAAACACCCAAACGGAGCCGAGCAUCGAUUCUGGGAGGUGAUCAGUGACGAACAUGGCAUCGACCCAACAGGGACGUAUCACGGGGACAGCGAUCUGCAGCUGGACAGGAUCAACGUCUACUACAACGAAGCCUCAGGAGGAAAAUACGUGCCGAGGGCCAUUUUAGUGGAUCUGGAGCCGGGCACUAUGGACUCUGUGCGCUCCGGCCCCUUCGGACAGAUCUUCAGACCAGACAACUUUGUCUUUGGUCAGAGUGGAGCGGGUAACAACUGGGCAAAGGGUCACUACACAGAGGGAGCAGAGUUGGUGGACUCGGUGCUGGAUGUGGUGAGGAAAGAGGCUGAGAGCUGCGACUGCCUUCAGGGUUUCCAGCUCACACACUCUCUGGGAGGCGGCACCGGCUCCGGCAUGGGGACCCUGCUCAUCAGCAAGAUCCGGGAGGAGUACCCCGACCGAAUCAUGAACACCUUCAGCGUGGUUCCCUCUCCUAAGGUGUCGGACACGGUGGUGGAGCCCUACAACGCCACCCUGUCCGUCCACCAGCUGGUGGAGAACACCGACGAGACCUACUGCAUCGACAACGAGGCCCUGUACGACAUCUGCUUCCGGACCCUCAAGCUCACCACGCCCACCUACGGGGACCUCAACCACCUGGUGUCCGCUACCAUGAGCGGGGUGACCACCUGCCUGCGCUUCCCCGGCCAGCUCAACGCCGACCUGCGCAAGCUGGCCGUCAACAUGGUGCCCUUCCCCCGCCUGCACUUCUUCAUGCCGGGCUUCGCGCCGCUCACCAGCCGGGGCAGCCAGCAGUACCGGGCGCUGUCGGUGCCCGAGCUCACGCAGCAGAUGUUCGACGCCAAGAACAUGAUGGCGGCCUGCGACCCGCGCCACGGCCGCUACCUGACGGUGGCCGCCGUCUUCCGCGGCCGCAUGUCCAUGAAGGAGGUGGACGAGCAGAUGCUGAACGUGCAGAACAAGAACAGCAGCUACUUCGUGGAGUGGAUCCCCAACAACGUCAAGACGGCCGUGUGCGACAUCCCGCCGCGCGGGCUGAAGAUGGCCGCCACCUUCAUCGGCAACAGCACGGCCAUCCAGGAGCUGUUCAAGCGCAUCUCCGAGCAGUUCACCGCCAUGUUCCGCCGCAAGGCCUUCCUCCACUGGUACACCGGCGAGGGCAUGGACGAGAUGGAGUUCACCGAGGCGGAGAGCAACAUGAACGACCUGGUGUCCGAGUACCAGCAGUACCAGGACGCCACGGCCGAGGAGGGGGAGUUCGAGGAGGAGGGCGAGGAGGAGGUGGCCUGAGGCCAAAAGCGCUCGUCAUCUGUCAUCCGCACUCGUCCAUCGCUCA